AUGCUUUCUUGUAGCCUUGUUGACGUCACAGUUACCAGCCCAAGCUUUGUUGAUAUGGAAAUUUUCUACUUAUGGGUACAUGGACGAACUAUUUCUCAGGCUUGCACAAUCAUGGCCCAAUCGCCUUCAGUAGAGGAGUAUGGUAUGACAAACGAUAUGUUGGCCGCACAUGUCAGAGACCACUUUGCUCAAUUCACACUUUUGGAAUCAGGUUUACGACAUCCGAAUUCUUUCAUGCAAGAUUGUGCAUACCACCAGCUUACACCAGAAACUCGCAAACAAUUGAUUCACUUAUAUACCUAUCCAUUCUCCGUAUUCAAAAACAACUGGGAUUCUCGUACGCAAAUGUUUUCCACAAAAUCUACGCAAUACUAUUCCCUUGAUGAGAGUUUUUUACGUGAAUUUGUUGGCAGAAGGUUAUCAAAUAAAUCCCGACGGGAAUUAUCUGAUAUUGCAGAAAGAUGUGAACUUCAACUAAGGAGUUGUAAAAGGCAGUUUGAUAAUUUGUCGUGUGUCGCCCGCCGGACUGAAGAUUUACCUGGUCCACUAACAGAUAAUAUAAAGAAUUGUUUUCUUCUACCAGAAUGGCUUGCCGAAUGUUAUGCCGCUGUUAUAUUUAUUACAAGUAACAGAUUUGAAACGUCUAAGAAGUGUCUUUCAUAUCUUACUUUUGAGAACUUGGCAUACUGUGCAGGUCAGCUAAUGACUCAUUGGUCAACUAGUGGUAAAGAUCAGAAAGGUGAAACGGUUGUCAGUAUUGAUUUGGACCUUCAAUUUUUUCAUGAUCUUAAAGAAUGUAAACCACUGAUUGAGAAAAAAGAAUAUUUAGAUAAGCAUAAACUACUUGUUAUUCGCAAUCUCUCUGAAAUUCAAGCAAAAAUCAUUCUAACAAAUUUAGACUCCAACUUCAAACCUAUCUCCAAAGCAGUGAUAAAUUUAGCCUGUGGUCUAAGCCACGCUCGAGAAAUGCGAAACUUCUUCUUGGACAUUAUUGAAAAGUUAAUUGAACCAAUGCGAGCACUGAACUGGCCAUCAAGAGAAGUUAAAAUGUUUUUCGAUGCUUAUCAUAAUACCGUUAAGGCUCUACCUCUUGGAAGAUCCUCAACUUUCCUCACUAUAUGGACACGUUUCAUCAUUCCAUUUUCGAAUUGUGUAAUCCACUUAUAUCAUAAUCAGUCUAUGUGA